UGCUGCGCGCGCGGCGAGACCCGGCGCCGCUUCUUCUGUCUGCAGGACGCGCAGGAGGAGGACAGCGCGCGCGCGCCCCCGCCACCGGAACCCUCGCUCCGCGCGCGUGCCCGGUGAGAGGAUGCCGGAGAGAUGGAGAAACUGUCCGCGAGCAUCUCGGAGCUCUCGUGGAGCGCAGUGUCGCUGCCCCUGGACGCCGUGGUGGGGAAGUUCCGCCUGCCCACUCUGGUGAAGCUCAGCGCCGGUGAGAAUGUUGAAGGGUUGUCCGAGGAGGAUGUUGUCUUGUUACACUCAUGCCGGCAGUGGACAACAGUCACCGCCCACUCUCUUGAGGAGGGACAUUACGUCAUUGGACCCAAGAUUGACAUCCCGCUGCCAUAUCAGGGGAAGUUUAAGUUGCUGGAUCAAGACCGGGAUGUCCGGGAGCCGGUUCAGUACUUCGCGAGCGUGGAGGAAAUUGCUGGAACUUUCCCCGAUCGAGUGUUUGUCAUGGAGCCGAUCACUUUCAGCAUGAAGGUGGUGUCGGGUGAAUUCAGUGAGGACAGCGAGGUGUAUAACUUUUCCCUCCAGGCUGGAGAUGAGCUGACUCCAAUGGGCCGGGCUGAGCUGCUCUGUGUCCAGUCUGCUCGUGAGAAGUCACGCCUGGCCGCGUUGUUGCGCCGGCUGGGCAGAGUGGGCGGGCCUUCAGGACGCCCCAUUCGCACCAAGCUGCCCUGUCUGAUCUGCCUGAACCAGCGGACACGUGAGAGCGUCCGUCUGCCUCUGCAGUGCCGGGGCCGUUUCUGCACUCGCUCACCCCUGGAGCUGCGCAUGCAGGCGGGCGAACACACUCUGCGCACUAUCAUCGAACGUGUGCGGCUGCCUGUCAAUGUGGCUGUACCACCACAUCCACCACCUCCGCCUCGCAGCCGCUACGACCAGCACACCAUCCGCCAGGGCCAGCGCUACAAGCUGCUCGCCAUUGUUAGUCGGACAGUGGUGCUCUGCUGUGUCCUGCGCAAACAGGAAGUGACGCCUUCUCACUUCCUUUUGCUUAAUGAUAUGCCGCGCUUCACUCUACCUGACGGCUUGUUACGCGACGAUCCUGUUUACCAGCGGGCGGUGCUCCUGAGCGCACUGCGUUGCCAGGAGACCUUCGACCCAGACGAUUAUUCCAGAGCUGUGCGGGAGGUAAAGGUGGACCUGACAGAGGAGUGUGUGAGCCCGCGCAGGAUACGAGUGUAUCCCAUAUUCUCACCUCAGAGACUCUCAUUGUGCGUGUAUGGGGGUGGGGCCAUCACACCAACAACCACGCCAGGCUGCAGGGACUCGCUCGGAGACACACAAACUCCUCCUGGUGGUGAGGGAGAGAGGGAGGACACAGGGGAGGGGGAAGAGCGAGAGUACGUCACCCCUGAUUGGCCUGUAGAGACACAGGAAAUUCCUUACGAAGAACUUUGGACCAAUCAGAGUGGAGGAAGCUAUGCAGAGGUCCCGGAAAGUACCGUGAAGGCUGAGCACAACCUUAUAUCCUUCCAUUCCACCUCAUCAUUGGAUGGUACAGUAGGCUCCACCCAUGUUGCUAUGGUGCAGAUGGAAGCAGGACGAGUGUCGACUCCACCCCCUGUCCCCCCCAAAUCAGAAGCUGUGAAGGAGGAGUGUCGGUUUUUAAACGCUCCUCCGGUUCCACCCCGCUGCGCUCAUGUUGGAGGCCCCAACCCCAGUCCUCCAGUUCCACCCCGCUUCCCUAAAGCUUCGGCUACAAGCACACGCAGUCCAAAUGUGUCCUUUUACUCCUCAGGCCUGCCGGAUAGCUCUGCUCCUCGUAGUGGCAGUAAUUCUCCCUCUCCAGACUCCUACUCUCUGUACUGUUACCCAUGCACAUGGGCUGACUGUGUAACCUCUGACCCCUCCGCAUCACCUGACCCUAACCAGCCCGCCCAGGCGUGCUGGUCUCACCCCCGAAGUGGUGGAGUUUUUACUUCUAACAUUCUAAACACACCUUUACUUAGCACAGACACUGCACACAAAAACUACUCCACCUGUCCCCGACCACGCCCAGCUGCACAGAACCGCUUUGCCCCAUUUGGAGCUCUGAACCCUUUUGCCAAUCCAGGACACGCCUCCUCUGAUUGGCUUGCCACGGGCCGGAAAUCCCCCAAUCUCAUGCCUGAUGUCACUAGCGCCACACCUCAGGAGUCUCAAGCCAAUCAGGAAGCAAGUCCAGUUCCUCCACCCAGACCACAAAAAAGCUUAGAAGAGGAAACAUCAGUGUCUUCCACGGUGAGGGGUGCGGAAGGUGGAGCCAGCCUAUCAUGGCGACCCCCAGUGGACCUGUGCUGGCUCUCGGUGGAGGAGGUGUCAUCCUGCCUACGAUUUAUCGGGCUGUCGGACGAUGUGAUUGGCCUGUUCAGCAGAGAGAGGAUUGACGGUUCAAUAUUCACCCAACUCACAGAAGAAAUCCUGUCUGAAGACUUCAGCCUUACCAAACUGCAGGUCAAAAAGAUAAUGCAGUUCAUCAAGGGUUGGAGACCCAAGAUAUAAGACACACACACACAC